CACGUUUGAGGAUGCGACUGGGUUUGAAGGACUGACCGAAAAGAGGAUAGAUGAAAGCCAGUAAAAGGAAAGAACUCGGCGGUCAAUAGCCAACGCUGAGUCAGGAUAAGGCAACUGGAUACCAAGGAUACAAGAAUAUACGGAGAAAGAUUGCGUGGUUAAAUUGGUGUGAAGGUGAGAUUGUGACAUAGCUGAAGUGGUUGGAUCUUGGUGAGAGGAAGAUUCCAAUGUUGGGGGGAAGUGCAACGCCCGGAUAAACGUUCAAGCGGGGCCCGAAGAUAUUAUAGAAUAGAUUCAACAAACAAUAGCCAGCUCUAGGAUGAUCACUUCAACUCAUAGCCCUAUGUACGCUUGGUAAGAUUUAUAUCUCCCGCCGUCUUUGAAUGACAAGAACCUCUAGCAGUCAUGAGAGUCAUGUUCUAAAAACACGCAUUCUUCUGAAGGGCUACGGAAGAUGCUAGAGCAAUGGUGAAUGUGGGGGAACAACGAGAUUGUAGAAACUCUAUAUAAACAUUUCGAACAUGUCAAUUGUGUGUAUUUUGAUGGAAAUGAGGUCGUCUGGAAUGCGUAGAUUUCUGAGAGCCGUAUAUAUGUUUAUAAGACAUUGUAGUCGCUCUCCUGGCAAGAAAGUUUACAGCAAGACUGGUUGACAAUGACUUGAGUAACUUGCAGUAGGCUUGAUUUUUCUAACUGCGAAGAAUGCCGGAUUUCCAUCUAUAACAGGGCGACCAGUCAUGACUCCAAACAGAAGUCAGAAAUAAAUCCGGAGUACACAAGUACUACAGAUCAAAUUCCAGAGGGUUUGCAUGGCUGCUGGGUACAAAGGAUGUGAGCCAUGAUGCCAUUAGGGCGAUGAAGUCGGCGGCAAAACGUUUAAGCAGUCGUCUUGAGAUAUCAAAACCUUACGAACAAGCCACUCCUGGUCAACAUCUGAUCGGAGCUGACAGCAUCUCUGCACGACACGAGGCUGAGAGGCUGAAUAUUGAAGCUGAGACUGGGUUCCAAUCAGAUUAUAUCAUCGUUCCUGGAGGUUUUUGUGGUGGUGCUUGUACGGGUGGUCUGAUGUACAGCUUGAAACAAACGUCACAGCUUGAGGCGAUUUGCACUCGUCUCUCGUCGAAAGCUACGCAAAAUGAAAGACGUUGGUGUAGAUGGUGAUGCUCCAUCACUAGCCUCUUUUUGCGGCGGUGGAAACACUUAGCUUACGUCUGUUUAGCCAAAGAGACCCGGCUUACUACCACUCGUAGAAGUCAUGGGGAUGUCAGUUCCGCUUGGGCCUUCCCCAUACAUGUAGAACUGCAGUCCGAGAUAGCUAUCGCAGCAAGCUUGAAACAUUCCACACAGUCGGAAUGGCCAGGGAACGUACUGGCUGCUGAGAAAGAAAUAGCUCAUUUUCAUGGCAUCGCCGGCGAGCCAGUUGGCGAUGACAGAAAGUCGAAACCCUUUGCAGGAUCUUGCCUUGUGGUUCUUUACAAUCUGUGGAAUUGGGAGUAUUGCCUCCACCGCCAGUCCGAAAUAGCCUAAGAAGGCAAUGUAUGCAGGAGAUCCGGACACAAAGGGGAGCAAGACAUGGACAGCCAAAAGGAAUCCCGUGAAGUAUCCGAGGAAUUGAAAAUAACUGUCGUGGGUCAAUUCAUCGCUCAGGCUAGUUUCAAUCCUGGUUGAACAACUCACGGCUUUGCACUGCUCCAUUGCCAGAACCCAUAGGGGCGUCGUCCUUCCAUCAAGUCUCGUAGGCCGUUCUCAGCCGUGUAGCCGUGGAAGGGCGUGUGCUGCAAUCCAUCAGGGGCUCUGUUGUCAAGAGCAACCUUUAAGAGGAUGAUUUGGACCGCAAUCAUCAAAGAGGCCUGGGCCAAGAGCGAUUUGUCAUAGUAUGCUCCAAACCAGUAGAAGACUCUUGGAACCUUGUCAGAACUUCGACCUCUCUUUUCUCAGGAGCGAGGAACGUGGCUCACUUUAGGAUCGAUGCAACAAGCAUGAUCAGGGGGAUAUCGAGGGAGAAUCCAUCGCUGGUUUUCUUGCGAUGGAUCGAGGCUAUCUGGUCGGCAUAAGAGGUGAUCGGGGACAAUAUGAGGCUAUUGAAUGUUGUGCAAAAUAGUCGACGAUAAGAGACAGGAAUCCGAGCAUUAUGGCCCUGAAUGAACAGGCCUAGGGAGCGGGGUGAAAAUGAAACAAAAAAGCUUCAAGCCUGAUAUGUGUCGCUCAGGCUUGUCGGGAAGAACAAGCUUGAGAAGCCAUCGCGUAAAAAUCUGGGAGAACAAGCGCAGUCAGCAAGUCCCUUUAGAUUGCGACACCGAAAGAUCCUGGAAAUGGUGUUGAGGAUCUCACCAGGAACAGGAAAAGCGCAUAAAGCCAUCCGCCAACUGUGUAAUUGGUGGAGAUCGUACGGCGCGUCUGGAGUCCACAUCUUUCAAUGUAAUCGUCAAUAUGAUGCACUCUUCGAACGGGGGGCACUGGUCUAUCCGUAUCUCAUUGCAGCUAUCUAGGUAUCAACCUGCAAAAAUUGCAAUACUUUUCCCGACCUGUCCUAAUUUACAAGCCUAAAGUUCCGAUUUAGCAUCAGCCGUCUUCGGUAGAGAAACAGUCCA